AUGCCGUCCAGUCCGACCAGAGAUCCAUUCACCGGCCCCCCGGCGCCGCAUGCCUUUGUGCAGUCACACGCGAAAACCACCGAGCUGCUCCCGCCCCCCUCGCCGCGGACGCAUCGCGCUCUGCGCAAACUGCAGUCGGCGCACAACCUUGGCUCCAAGGCCGCCCUCCAACAAAUCCCGCCCCUGCAGCCCUCCUUGAUCGCGCAGCAGCGACUGACCCAGCGCAACAUCUCGCCCACGCGACGCGAUGCGAGCUCCUCCUCCGCCAUGAACGUGAACAGAUCACCGCAGCGAGGACGGUCCAACAGCGAUGCGACGAACCAUCACCACCUGAACGCCAUGGCUGCCACGAAGCGCAGCAUGAUGGGUAUCAACCCACGGUACCUCAACAUGUCUCUGCACCAGCUCAUCAAGGACGGUCCAAUUGAAGGGGAUACCGUCGAGGCAUUGGGAAUGGCCCGUCGCAAGGUCUUGAGCGAGGGUAUCAAAAGCGACAGUGACGGCAUGUCCACGCUGCGUAUCUACGUCUUGAUCAUCCUCCUUGACACUCCCGUCCUCCCCACCGACGACUACCUUGCUCUCAUCCACCGCNUCUGGAUCAUCCUCCUUGACACUCCCGUCCUCCCCACCGACGACUACCUUGCUCUCAUCCCCCGCGGCGCGUCCCCGGCAUACUCCAAGAUCCGCAACGAUACCUUCCGCACCCUCACCACCGACCCGUUGUUCCGCCGACGCGUCAGCGAGGCAAGUCUCAUCCGCCUCCUCAAUGCCGUCGCCUGGCGCCUGCACGACGCCCGCGAGCAGCAGCGAAGUCGCGAUCGCGACCGCUCCCUCAGCCGACCCAGCACCGGACGAAGCUCCAUAUCCCACGACAGCUCGACGUCGACAGCCACCGCGCAUUCCACAAACCCGGCCUCACCUUCCGCUCGCAACCGCGCGCGAGCUUUGACGUUGACGACGGAGGGCUCCGAGUCUUGUCACGCUGCCGAGCCGGGGACGUAUGUUCAAGGAAUGAAUGUGUUGGCAGCUCCCUUCUUAUAUGCUGCGCGCAGUGAGGCCGAGGCGUUUACUGCGUUCUACACCUUGCUUACGCGGGAGUGCCCCGGAUACAUUCGAGGUGCGAUGGAUGGCGUCCACAAGGGGUUGGCUCUGGUGGACAAGGUCUUGGCGACUGUUGACUCCAAGUUGAGCGGAUACCUUCACUCCAAGGGCUUAACGGCUGAGAUCUACGCAUUCCCUUCCGUCCUAACAUUGUGCGCCUGCACACCUCCGCUACCCGAGGUCUUGCGCCUGUGGGACUUUCUCUUCGCCUACGGACCUCACCUGAACAUUCUCUGCAUCGUGGCCCAGCUCAUGGGUAUGCGGGACCAGCUGAUGAGCUCGCCGAGCCCUAACAAGCUCUUGCGCUCGUUCCCUUCGCUACAGGCGGACAAGAUUAUCGAGCGCACGCUCUGGAUCAUUGAGAGAAUACCAGACGACACAUACGCCGCCAUUGUCACCCACGCCCAGUAA